GCAUCACUGAGCAGCGAACAACAUCCAGGGAAACCCAGGAGAUAAACUUGAGACAAACCACAUCUGCCUGGUUUUGCUUCACCAUCUGCUGAACUCCUAGAACUUCCUGCAACUGCAAACAAGGUAUGAAAGAAUACACAUGUUAUACAGGUGUACAUGAGCAUAAUAUCCACAGGGGCUUAAGUGAGUUUUCUGUUGGUAUGGUGGGAAGUGAAAGGCAGUGUAGUGGUUGUACUGAGUGUUUACUUGACAGAAGCAUGCAUAAUGAAAGGAUUCAAAGAUUUUCCCUGCUCGAGAAAUAAAGCAAAAGUAUAGUGACGGCUCUUUUGACAAACUUUCACAGACAUUUUGUCUGUUCUCAUGGUCCAAGCUUUGGCCUCCUUGUGCCAAAGCGGAGUAUUUGUAAACCACAGGUUUCAUAAGUCUGCUCAGAGAUAUAUUUGUACCAGUUUAUACAGUUUUGUUUAUUUGUGAAUGUUAACAUGAAAACUUUGUCAUCAGUGCAGAAAAUGCAGAAAACAGUGUUUUGGGUCAAAUGAAAAUGGUGUUAUUAUUACAUCACAGCAGGGCAAUACAAAGUUAAAUAGUCCAAAAUGAAUCCAAUUGCUUAUAAUACCUGUUUAAAUAGUUUGGUAUUAUCUCUGAACAAUUCACAAGGAAAGGCAGCGGUCGCCAUAUUGGAAGUGUUGAUCCAACCUUACUUCUGGUUGACCAAUCUGAGGCAGGCCUUCAGCCCCCUCUUUAAUAGCUACGGUGUGCCUUCCUGUCAGUCAUGUCAAACAAGGCCUCCGAUUGGCAAAUCCCAUUACCUAACUAUAACCUAAUUUACCUAAUUAAAACAUAAAAAUAAAAAACACGCCCUUGUAGUGGGUGCUUCAGGAACCCUUAGCCAAUCGAACUAAUCGAUGAUGUCAACGAUGGUUUAUACUGUCUAUGGUAUUAACUGUAAACAGUAUAACCGUAGACAUAAUUUCGAGCAGGUUGCUAAUAACUUUGUGGCAAAAGGUCAUACAAUAUAUGCAUAAAAAUGGUAUUCUAACUAAAACAACUGGACUAGCUAGCAUAAAAUCCUGCUUUUAACUCCAAUCAAACUCGUUACUCAAAGGUUUAGGCUGGAAAGUCGAAGUAGCUGGGCUCAGUACCUUUUGAAAUUCCUCCAAAAGACUUCAAACCAUCUUAGCUACAUGUUAAGCUCAUGGUUUUAGGAAACAGAUGUUUAACCAUCACUUAUAAGCAUAUCUGUAAGUGGCCUUAGCGUGUAUUUUCAUUUGUAUGAAUUUCACUUUCAAAUGCUGACCCUAGUUUAGUUUAUGAGGAAGCAAAAUCAUUUCCUUUCAAACAUUAUUUCUUAAAAUCUUGAGCAACAAAUCUGCAAGUUUGUAUAUUUUCAUUUUCCUUGAUCUACAUGAUUUUUAUAGAAAAUUUCAAUGACCGUUACUGUCACUCUAAUCUUACAAUGCACUUUGGUUUAACCAGUCGACCAAAAUCAAGUUGUAUUUUGACGGACUUGCACACGCUUUCAGUGUGGAGAAAACUUGCAUCACACCCACAGGAGGAUUUGGUUAUCCGCCAUGAAGGCCUUGCAGUUUAUUACAGUUAAUUAUGAGUUCUUUUUUAAGACUUUAUGGUGGUGGAAGUGUGCCUCACAUUCAAGGGCGAAGAGGGGGUGCCAUGUUUGAUUGGCUGAUUAGUGCUGCAAUGACACCAGAGCACGAAGGGGAGGCUGUAGGCUGCAGGAAACUAACUAACCUCUGGGUAACAUAAAACAUUACCAGGAGCAGCCCAGACAAACCACACUGUAGUAAACACAGAGACAACAGACACAGCUCAGGCUGAUUGAUACUAGCUUAGUCAACGGUGUAUUUAACGAAAGACCUGUGGAGGCCUUUAUGAGGUUCUAAGUGGAGGAGUUUAGUCUACAAAACAAGCCUCAAAUCAGGCAGACCUGCACUUUAAAUUUAGGGACAUUAUUAAAACUGAUGUUUUAUCUGUGGCAGUCUCAGUUCUCAUAAGACGAUACUAUUACAAUCUAUUAUUAUCGUCUCUCCCACAUUUCUACAACAUCAGGAGUAAGGCAGUCUCACAACCCUUACAGUCAUUAUCAAAUGAAUUGAAAAAUCUAUAGGGGUUAAGGCAUAAAGUCAUGUGUAUAAACCAUCACGUACAGACACAAAUUUAAUGAUGAUCUUCAGUUUUAGUCUAGGGUAGAGCCAAGCUAACUCUUUUCCUCUGCUACCAUCCUCUCCAGAUGGCUAAGGUAACUAUGUGCUAGCUUUAGCAAAACAUUUCAGGUAAAGAUGCAAGGUUGCUAUUUUGAACCUUUCCUUUAAUUCACCAAAAGAAAAAAAAAAGAGUUUCUAAAAUGAUAUACAAACCAUAAAGUUUGCCUUCACCCUAAAAUUAGAACUUUGACCAAAACAGACAAAGCAAAGACAAAAAAAUGUAUGUUAAAAUCUAAAGGCCUGACACUUGAAAAGCUGCUGUGAUAAGAAAAUGCCUCCAUGUGAUCUUCAAAAGCAAACAGGAGUACUGGAAAAGAGACAAACUAUUUACGUAGAGUUACUAUUAGAGGACAAAACAAGCGAAGACAUUAGGUACCACUUUGUCCACAGAGGGCGCCAAAAUCCACACUAACUGAAAGUUCUUUGCGGGAACUUCAGCACACAAAUACACAGACUGUUCCUUCUACUAAUGCUGUUUUUAAACCACGAAUUCUAAAAUUAUUCUAAACCAAGUUCUAGCCUUGAGUCUGAAUCCCAACCUCCAAACAUCUCUUAAAAUUGUAAGAACGAAAACAUGCGCCAGCUACAUGUGCGUCCGCUCUUAGGGCCUAAAACAAACUCCAGUCCUCACAAAGACAGGCGUACAGAAAUACACACACAUACUGCCAUAUGGGCGUCUUUCAUGAUCUGCUGUGCUGUGGCUUUCCACUUAUAACCUGGUGAAUUAUAUAGUAUAAGGAAGAGUCCAUCAUUAAAGAUGGAAGUAGACACACAGACCGCUUUUCCCACAGCAUAAAUGAAAAGCAGAGUUUGGUACCGUAAAGAAGGAGAGAUAUAAGUAUUUGCAAAGAUGUUGUUCACAACAUUUACGAAUGCAGCCAAAAAGGCAGGGCACAGCUGAAAUGUAAUGAUAUUUUACUCGAGCAUUGAGAUGAAAAGUGUUCUAAAAUCAUCCAUGUAAGUUACUGCAGCUAUGACUGUCAACAAACCACACACAGAAUACCGCUGACUACGCAACUACAGCCUGAUAAAAACCCUCCCCUGGGCACCAUCCAGCAGACCAAAGAACAUCUGCAGGGAUUGUAUGUUUGGGCUAAAAUAAGUCACAGCUAAAAUGAUCUAGGUUGUAAACUCUUCAUGUUGUGACAAGAUACACAUCCCAAACAUUUUGGGAUUUAUCACAGAGCUUAGUAGCUUGAUGACAGUUUGGUAGAAAUUUGUCUUGCAACUAAUUAAUAUGAGAUGAUUCAGCAGUUUUCUAAUGAGAUGAAUUCUGAGCCAAUGAAAAGCUUAAUAUUAAAUUAUUGGUUAAUUAAUCGAGCAACUUUGUUGUUGGCAUCCCUUGUGGAAGAAGUAGUCUACAUAUGCAUUCAUGUAGAGAUAUUCCUCCCUUUUGUUGAUGGUCUUGUUUGCUCUUUUAGAUCACAGAGAGAGCUCAGUGUAACUUUUAGCUGUUUAACUUGUUUCAGGAGCUUUAAUGAAUCUUUUCAAAACAUGAAACUUGACUUUAGUGCACUUUUAAAGAUGUAGAAACCCAUUUUGAGAAGAAAAUCUCCAGGUCUUCUAUCCAGAAUGAUGAGGAAGACCAUAAACUAGACUCAGACGAUCGCAAACAUGCUGGUUUCCUCCUUUACAUCUUUCCAGUCAAACGCCCAGGGACUAAUUCCAUCCUUUUCUGGAUCAUACAUGUUAUUUUCUCACAUAUUUUUGCCUUAAUUCAGCCAAAUGUGCCCUGUCUCAUAGUAAAACAAACCACAACCCCAAACGAUGUGAUGUCUAGCCUGAUGACAGACAAAAUGUUUUAGUCUAUCGAGUUUUCAAGGACACAAAACCUCUCAUUCCAGUCUGUAAUUAAAGGUUUAUUGACUUCCUGUGACAUGUGACCAUGACGCCUCCAUUUUUAGGAAGGAAUCUGGGCGAGGGGGUUUACUGACUAGGCUUGCAGCUCAUUUUUCAGUUUGACAUGUCAUUGUGUUUCCUCUGAAGUUGUGGCCUAUGAACAAGUAUCUUGGAUUGUACAAUCCCUGAAUAUCAUGGUUAUGUUUCAUUGUUGUAUUGUGUUACUCGAUGAUGUUUUACUGCAUAAUUUUAACCAGCUUGUUUCUGGUUUUCUCCCAUUUUAGACACCAAACUUUGACACAAUGAGAGUGGCUGUUAUUUUCGUUCUCCUCUUCGCCACGGUCCUCUGUCGGCCGGUGAGUCCGUUUUGCUAAACUUCUAGAUCAGAUUUGUCCUGAGAUGGAUUAUUUUUAGAUAUUACUUUAAUCAUAUUUUUAUGUGUCUGUGUCGAUCCUUUAGAUCCAGUUUCUCACUGUCUUUGUUUGUCUUUUUAGGCCAGGAAAGUUUCUGUCAGCAGUUCAGAGAGUUCAGAGGAAGUGGUGAGUGUCUGAAAUAGAGGAGAGAGAGAGAGAAAGAGAGUGAUGGAAAUAAAAACAAACAUCUAAACUGACUUAUUUCUGGUCCAUAGGUGAGGCGACCAGCAGCUCAACCCAUCAGGAAACAGGUUGCAGUCGUUCCAAGGGCCCGUGCAGCACCUGUACAGGUAAACUUUGCAUUCAGAUUAUCAGAUUGGUGGCCGGCACCUGGGACUUCUGAAUAUAGAGAGCCACCUAGUGGACUAUUGUCCCUUACUAGAAUUUGCUUUUGGCUGUGAAAGUGUUCAUAAAAGCAGUAAAGUCUGAAAUGUGAACGUCUAAGUGGAUGUGUCUCUUUCUGUUGUUUCAGAAUAUUGUAGCAGCAGCUGCCGCCAGCUCAGACGAGAGCGACAGUUCAGAUGAGGACCAGGUAAGAUGUCAAAUUUUUUAGUUGUUCUAAAUCCUCUUUGGCUUUGGUUGGUUGUUAAAACAAUACAGAUGUUGUGAAGCUUACAACUUUGUGUUUUCAUGAUUCCGCUGCAGGCAGCAGUCGAGGCUACAGCUGAAGUCACAUCAGACGUCUCAGCCACAGUUUCAUCAGAUACGACCUCUGUCAGCAGCAAGGACAGUGAGGACAGUGAUGAUGACGAUGACGACGAUGAUGAUGAUGAGACAGAGGAGAGUGUAAGUAAAAAUACAUUGAAAGAAUUCUGCUACUAUCAGUCCUAGUUUUCCAAACGUUUUAUACGCCAGCAUCCUAACCGCUCAACUCCUACCUCUGUCUCUACAGGAAACUGAGGAGGACGAGUCUAGCGACAGCUCAGAAUCAGGCGAGUCUUCCACCGUGGUUCCUUCCACCCUCACACCCAUGAUCAUCACAGAGGAACCUUUACCUGAAACCACAGAAGCACCAAUUGAGCCCACCAUCGUCACAGACGAGGAGGCAGCCCGUGGCGACAGCUUGGGAGGAUAUCCCAGCGACUACAAGACCAUCAUCUACGUGGAGGAUAAGUCCUACCACAAGGUCCCUUCUCCGUACAAGUCUUACGAGUACAUGAACACUGGAAAGAAGAUGGCCCAUGACAUGACAGACGGCAAUGAGGUGGACAAGUCACUGCACGUGUACAAGGUAAAGUUUUAUCUAAGGUUCCUGAGAGUGGUAGCCCAAAUUUGACAUAAGGGUGCGAAACAAUGUGACGCUGCAAACAAGUGCUGGGAUCAAACCUUCAAAAAUAUGCUACAUACUAUUGUCAGAGAAGGUUCUCAGUCGUCCCAGUCAAAAAGAUUCAAAAUUUACUCGACUUAGUUGAAAUUUUGAGGAUGUUUCAACUGAAAAAGCUGCUCAGAUUAAGUAAAAAUACAUGUCUUCAGGAACUUCAACCAAGCAAUUUAACGGUUAUUACAAAUAAUGACAGUCACGAUAUCAUACUUUCACCCUACAAUAAUAGUAGGAUCAUAAUAUUCGUGAAAAAACACACUAUCAAUCAAGCUAAGAGAAAAAAAGCAAGUUACAUCUUGUGAGACAUUCCCUGUGAGAAUGUCAGUCUUUGUCAACGUCUUUAUACUAACACAGCCUUAGUAGUAAUAAUUCAAACUCUCAUGUUCAUCUCCUCCCUUUAGGCAAUUCACGUUCACUCUGAUCUCCUGGAGGAGGACACCAGCACCCCUGAGGUGGAGAGCCAGGGCCUGGAUGCAUCCUCUGGUACCUCUCAGGACUCCCUCCCCGAGGAGGACAGCGCCAGUGCCAGUGAUGCCACCACCAGCGAGAGUGAGAGCACCAGCACUCCAGAGGAAGAAGAGGAGGAGGAAGAGAGCGCCAGCACUGCCAGCGAUAGUGCCAGCGCCAGCCAGGAGGCCGAGGAUGAGGAGAGCCAGAGCAGCGAGGAGGCGACAGCCACACCGGGAGCUGCCGAUGACGACUCAGAUGAGAGUGAAAGCAGUGAGAGUGACUCAGAUGAGGAGGGCGCAGGACCUGACACCACCAGUGAUGCUCCAGUGGUCAUCACUGCCAAAUAAACUCCACCCAUUCAGGAAAUGGAGUGGAUAGUGGUGUCCAAAAGAUUCACAUACAGAGUGCAUGCUGCAUCCAGGUGCAAAAAAAUCCUCCACAGCCACUUUCCACUGCAGGUCCGAACAAGGACAAUCUAGGGUUAAAUCUUAUUGAUUCAAAGAGUAUUCAGCCAAUAUAUCUGUGAUUUUUGUGCAUCCUUUUGAAAGCAGAAAUACUUGUCCACUUUGGUUUUAUUUAAAUAAAUGUUAUUCCCUCAGCCUGUGGUCUUGUUACCCUGGUAAGUCUUGUUUUUAACCCUGCAGGGGAAAUGUGGUGUAACUGAUGACUGCUAUCUACAACAGGAGGGCGACUGACCUCACAACCUUUGCUCACCCCUUCCCAAUCUGUUACUGCAUUACUAAAGGUCAAAAGUGUGAAGAAAAAAAAGAACAAUUAAAUUACGCAUUAAUGAAUAUAACAGCAAAACACUGCCUUAAAUUAUCAAUUGAUAACUGCACCAUGGUAAUGCACAACAUGUAUAACAUAUCUGGCCAUUCUAUUUGCUGCCUGUGCAGUCAAGCUUUGUUGCUCGCUGGUAUCAGAUCUGCUGGUGAAGUUAAAAGGAUGUUAUGAAAGAGUACAGGGUCCAUUCAUACAGAUGCAAUACUCAUACACCACAGACCUGUUUUUUUGCACAGUUUGUACUGACACUACAUGUUGUUUGUCCCAUGUCGUUUACUGUAAUGUAUCAUAUUGUACCAUUUCUAAAAUAUUAAUAAAGUUUUUCAUAAAAAGAGA